AUGUCAUUCAGCAUCACACUCCGCCAAGGGCCUGCGCGCCUGGCGCAGCGUCUCCCGCAACUAUCUCAACCCUUCCGCACAACCGCCACCAGAGCCUUCCACCAGGCCUCGUCAAAGUCAAGACCGACCGCCUCCGUCGCGACCGCCGCCCGCAAUGCCCUCCUCCGCGGCUCCUCGAGAACCUACAUGCAGCAGGCCGCACCUGGCGUCCAGGGCCAGGCGAGCCCCCUCCGCAAGCUGUUGGUCGGCGGCGCCAUCUUUGGCGGUACUCUCGUCGCUAUCAACGUCGUCUUCAACCGCGAGACCCGCGAUGAUGGCGGCAUGCCCGUUUACGAGCGCGAGUACCUCAACGACACUUUCCUUCACACCGGCUUGGGCGUCGGUAUUAUUGCCCUCAGCGCGCGCCAGAUGAUCCAGUCUGGUUUCGUCUACAGGUUGAUGGUGACGAACCCUUGGGUCGUUGGUAUCGGUGGUCUUGCUCUCAGCUUCGGUACCAUGUACGGUACCCGUGCCAUUUCUCCUGACAACUACAUCCCCAAGUACGCCAUGUGGGCCGCCUUCAACGCAACCCAGGCCGCCAUGAUCGCCCCCCUCCUGACAAUGGUCCCCGGCGCCCUCCUCGCCCGCGCAGGUCUCUACACCGUCGCCAUGAUGGGCUCCCUCUCCAUCGUCGGUGCCACCGCCAAGCAGGACAAGUACCUCUACAUCGGUGGUCCCCUCCUCGCCGGCCUCGGCGUCGUCGUUGCCUCCAGCUUCGCGCCCAUGCUGCUGCCGGUCACCGCCGUCCGCACCCUCGCCCUGACCGAGAGCAUCUCGCUGUACGGCGGUCUCGCCGUCUUUGGCGGCUUCACCCUCUACGACGUCCAGAAGAUCCUGCACCACGCUCGUCUUGCUGAGCGCGGCAUCAUUCGCAAGGAUGCUGUCAACGAGAGCAUUGCGCUUGAGCUUGACUUUAUCAACAUCUUUGUCCGUAUGGUGCAGAUUCUGAUGAUGCAGCAGAACCGCAGGAAGUAA